UUUUUUUUUAAAAAAAAAGUACGCACUGCAAAUUUCGAGAAGAAAACAUCAAGGCAAGAGAGGGGGGACAUUUAUUAAAGUUCUUUCCAGUUCCUUCAAGAUCUCAAGCUAGGUGGCGAUGGUAUGGACGUAACCAAGAAAAACAAACGAGAUGGCGCUGAAGUCACUGAAAGAAUUAUCACAGAAACAGUAACUACAAGACUGACAUCUUUACCACCAAAAGGGAGCACCAGCAAUGGCUAUGCUAAAACAGGCUCUCUUGGAGGAGCAAGCAGGACGGAGAAGCAAAGCCUGACCCAUGGCAGCAGCAGCUACCUAAACUCAAGUGGAAGCAUACGAGGCAACUCCACCUCCAGUUACAGGAGAGCUCACUCGCCUGCCUCCACUCUGCCCAACUCACCAGGAUCAACCUUCGAUAGGAAAACCCAUGUUACCCGCCAUGGAGCAUACGAAGGCAGCUCCAGUGGCAACUCUUCUCCGGAGUACCCUCGGAAGGAAUUUGCAUCUUCUUCAACCAGAGGACGAAGCCAAACACGAGAGAGUGAGAUUCGAGUUCGAUUGCAAAGUGCAUCCCCAUCUACCCGAUGGACGGAAUUGGAUGAUGUUAAGCGUUUGCUCAAGGGGAGUCGAUCAGCAAGUGCCAGCCCCACCCGGAACUCCUCCAACACUCUCCCCAUCCCCAAGAAAGCCACUGUGGAGACCAAAAUGGUGACAGCGAGCUCCCAGUCGGUGUCGGGCACCUACGACACUACGAUCCUGGAUGCCAACCUUCCUUCCCACGUGUGGUCUUCUACUCUGCCGGCGGGAUCUUCCAUGGGGACCUAUCACAACAACAUGACAACCCAGAGCUCAUCCCUCCUCAACACCAAUGCCUACUCUGCAGGAUCAGUCUUUGGAGUCCCCAAUAACAUGGCAUCCUGCUCUCCCACCCUGCAGCCCGGGCUCAGCACCUGCUCCUCAGUGUUUGGUAUGCAGAACAAUCUGGGCCCCAGCUCGACCACCCUGUCCCAUGGCACAACCACCACUUCCACAGCAUAUGGCGUGAAGAAAAACGUGCCCCAGAGCCCUGCUGUUGCGAGCACCGGUGUGUCCACCUCUGGUGUGUCCACCUCUGCCGCCGGCAGUACAAGUGUCCAAAGUGAUGACUUCUUGCACAAGGACUGCAAGUUCCUGAUCCUGGAAAAAGACAACACGCCUGCCAAGAAGGAGAUGGAGUUGCUAAUCAUGAAUAAGGACAGUGGGAAGGUCUUUACCGCCUCCCCGGCUAGCAUCACUGCAACUUCUUUUUCAGAAGACACCCUGAAAAAAGAAAAGCAAGCUGCUUAUGCCGCUGACACCUGCCUAAAAUCUGAUGCUAAUGGAAACGUGACCACCGUGCUGGGGAAGGGCAACGCCUCCGCAGAAAUCCAUGGACCCUACAAGGGGGUCGGUGGUGGUGGUGGCGGUGGUGGCGUCGGAGGAGGCGGCGGCGGUGGCGGAGGUCCGUGGGGGGCGGCGCCUGCCUGGUGCCCCUGCGGCUCCUGCUGCAGCUGGUGGAAAUGGCUGCUGGGCCUGCUGCUCACCUGGCUGCUGCUCCUGGGGCUGCUCUUCGGACUCAUCGCUCUGGCCGAGGAGGUGCGGAAGCUGAAAGCGCGUGUGGACGAGCUGGAGACGACCCGGAGCAGCGUGUUGUACUACGGGGACAGGAUGGACCGGAGCAGCAGGGACCGCCUCCAGGGCGCGGCACCCGCCCUGGACGCGAAGGUGGACAACACCUGGCAGGACGGCUCCAAUCAGGAGGCCCUCUGGCUGUUCGUCAGGGAAAAGCUAAUGUCGGAACAAGGGAAGGGGAGUCUCCGAGGUAGCCCUGGCCCUAAAGGUGACAUGGGAAGUCAAGGCCCUAAAGGAGAUCGAGGGCUCCCCGGGACUCCAGGUAUUCCCGGUCCCUUGGGUCACCAAGGUCCUGAAGGGCCAAAGGGACAAAAAGGCAGCGUGGGAGAUCCUGGCAUGGAAGGACCCAUGGGUCAGAGAGGACGAGAAGGCCCCAUGGGACCUCGUGGUGAACCAGGACCUCCUGGGUUUGGAGAGAAAGGGGACAGAGGAGUUGCUGGUGAACCAGGUCCUCAGGGCCCACCGGGUGUCCCAGGGUCUGUGGGUCCCAAAGGUUCCAGUGGCUCUCCCGGCCCCCAGGGACCCCCAGGCUCCAUGGGUCUCCAAGGGCUCCGAGGUGAAGUGGGACUUCCUGGUGUCAAAGGUGACAAAGGACCUAUGGGACCACCAGGACCUAAAGGUGACCAGGGUGAGAAGGGACCCCGAGGCCUCACAGGCGAGCCUGGCAUGAGAGGUUUACCUGGUGCUGUGGGCGAGCCCGGAGCUAAAGGAGCAAUGGGUCCUGCUGGCCCUGAUGGACAACAAGGCCUGAGAGGUGAACAAGGUCUCAUGGGGAUGCCUGGAACCCGUGGCCCACCAGGACCUUCUGGAGAUCCAGGAAAGCCAGGUCUCACAGGACCUCAAGGACCUCAGGGAGUUCCCGGUACCCCCGGCCGCCCAGGGGCUAAAGGUGAACCCGGAGCACCGGGCAAGAUCGUCACUUCAGAGGGGUCAUCGACAGUCACCGUCCCAGGCCCACCGGGACCUCCUGGAGCCAUGGGACCCCCAGGACCUCCAGGUGCCCCAGGCCCUGCCGGCCCAGCUGGUCUCCCAGGACAGCAAGGCCCACGAGGGGAGCGAGGGCUGGCUGGCGACUCGUUCCUGGGUAGUAGCAGCUCCAUCUCCGAGGUCCUCUCUGCUCAAGGUCUUGAUUUACGAGGUCCCCCAGGCCCACCUGGACCACGUGGGCCACCAGGGCCCGCUGUUCCAGGCCCACCAGGACCCCGAGGCCCACCAGGGGAAGGCGCACCAGGCCCACCAGGCCCUCCAGGAUCUCCCUUGACUGACUCAGAUAGCUUCUUCUCUGGCCCCCCAGGCCCACCUGGCCCCCCAGGCCCCAAGGGAGACCAAGGUCCCCCAGGCCCCCGAGGACACCAAGGCGAGCCAGGCCUCCCCGGAUUCCCCACCUCAGGAUCCAGUUCUGUCGGACUCAACCUUCAGGGACCACCAGGCCCACCCGGCCCCCAGGGACCCAAAGGGGACAAAGGUGAUCCCGGUGUCCCAGGGGCUCCUGGCAUUUCUGCUGGUUCAUCGCUAGGAGGAUCAUCCAGCACCAUGUAUGUGCCAGGCCCGCCAGGCCCACCAGGGCCACCCGGGGCUCCAGGCUCCCUCAGCUCCAGCCGGGAGAUCCAGCAGUACCUCUCUGAGUACAUGCAGAGUGACAGUAUCAGGUCUUACCUGUCUGGAGUUCAGGGUCCCCCAGGUCCACCUGGUCCCCCUGGGCCUGUCACCACCAUCGCUGGCGAAACUUUCGACUACUCAGAGCUGGCGAGCCAGGUCGUGAGCUACCUGCGGACUUCGGGGUACAGCGUCAGCUUGUCCUCGUCCUCCAUCUUGUCCGAAGACAUCCUGGCUGUGCUGCAGCGGGACGACGUGCGGCAGUACCUCCGGCAGUUCCUGACAGGUCCUCGUGGUCCCCCAGGGCCACCGGGAGCCAGUGGAGACGGCUCCCUCCUAUCUCUGGACUACGCAGAGCUGAGCAAUCGUGUUCUCAGCUACAUGUCGAGUUCCGGGAUCAGCAUUGGGCUUCCUGGCCCCCCGGGCCCCCCUGGUUUGCCAGGAACAUCCUCCGAGGAGCUCCUGUCCUUGCUCCGAGGGUCUGAGUUCAGAGGCAUCGUUGGACCUCCAGGUCCGCCGGGUCCCCCGGGGCUCCCCGGCAGCGCGUGGUCCAGCAUCAGCAUGGAGGACCUCUCGUCUUACCUGCACACUGCAGGCCUGUCGUCCAUCCCAGGCCCUCCAGGCCCUCCUGGGCCCCCAGGCCCUCGGGGGCCCCCGGGUGUCUCGGGAGCUCUGGCAACCUAUGCUGCAGACAACAGCGACAGCUUCCGGAGCGAGCUGAUCAGCUACCUCACGAGUCCCGAUGUGCGCAGCUUCAUUGUUGGCCCCCCGGGCCCUCCGGGGCCGCAGGGACCCCCUGGAGACAGCCGCUUGGUGUCAGUGGAUGGCUCCUACGGUCUGGGUGGCAGCUCCUCCGUCAGACGGGCCACCUCCUACAGCUCUUCAAUGGGCAUCGGAGGAGCCAGCAGGGGCUCCUUAGGUGAAGAGGGAGCCUUUGGCGCAGCUGCAGGAGACGGAGGACCCUAUGGCACUGACGUCGGCCCAGGUGGGGGCUAUGGCGCAGCUGCAGAAGGUGACAUGUUUGGUGGCAAUGGCGGAUCAUUCAGGACUGGCUUUGCUGGAAAUCUGGAUUACAACGAGCUGGCCGUUCGGGUGUCAGAGAGUCUGCAGCGCCAGGGGCUGCUACAAGGGAUGGCCUACACCGUCCAGGGCCCACCAGGCCGGCCUGGGCCCCAGGGGCCCCCUGGCAUCAGCAAGGUCUUCUCUGCCUACAGCAACGUGACCGAAGACCUCAUGGACUUCUUCCGAACUUAUGGAGCCAUUCCAGGACCCCCUGGGCAGAAGGGAGAGAUGGGCUCCCCAGGGCUCAAAGGUGACAGGGGCCCUGCUGGACCGCCAGGCCGUCCUGGGCCACCGGGUCCUCGAGGGCACAAGGGGGAAAAAGGAGACAAAGGCGACCAAGUCUAUGUUGGGCGGAGGAGGAGGAGAAGUAUCGCCGUCAAGCCAUGAGCCGGCCUCUGCGGAACAGCCCCCUUCUGUGACAGCGAGGGGCGCUAAUACCACAUUCUCUCCAGGGGAGGAAGCCAGAGUUGUCAGUGUCCAACUGAGACAACCUAGCCAAAUAGUCAACUAGCAACCCUUGUUUUAGUCUAAACGAAAUAUUCGAAACAUAGAUGUAGAAUUCUGUCAGAUACACAAUCCAGAACAGCUUCACGGGGUGGACUUGAAGAGCAAUUGCCACGUUUUCGAGGGAGACUUCUCUAUCUCCAUCUGAGCUCCUCGGCUUCUUUAACACUUAGUUCAAGCCCCGACCUAGGAGAGCCAGUUACAUAAAAGUUGGCUAAGGAGUCCUGGGGCUCUGCCUAAAAAAUGAGCGAGAACAUGAGAUGGAGACGGGGUCCUACCCGAAGGUGCCCCAGUCGGGGUGUGUUCUGGCUACUGCUGCCAGGCUAGCUAUCAGCUCCUGCCUCCCAUUUACUCUGCGUUCUCUAGUAGGAAAGAGUCGGCCUAAGUGACUCUCGCAGCUGAACACAUUAGAAAUGCACUUCCCCUGUAGGUGAAAGGUUUCUAAUAGUUACAUUAUAUAUGCAUAUCCUGGUCCCACUGCUUACAGUCUGAUAUAACCGUGAUCUGUGCCCACACGCCCACGCUAGAUUUAUAGAUACGUUCCACGGAACCGGACUACAGCAGACCGGGCAGGGAGGGCCACAGGCAAGGCCGAACAGGAGGGGCAGGAAACCAGAGUAUGGAUUCCGGGAAAGACGGCUUCAACGCGAGAUGUCACCCUCUGUUCAGCACUUGGGAAAAGGCAUGAGGGGCUGGGCACAAUUGGUUUUUAAGCACUUUUCGAUGUCUAACAUUUUUAUGUGGUCUAU